CACUAUCAAGUGGCCAAAAGUCCCACUCGGUGGCCGUUAUCCCACAGAGCAACUCAGGAUUCAAGAAAAGGGAUCAAAGGCUUUGCAGUCUGGCCCCUGAACACCCCUCCCCCGCAUUUACCAAACCACCUGGGUAGGUGGGAAUGACCAGGGACCCAAAAGUCACCAACAGAAUUCACACUGAAGUUAUUCCAGUCAAAAGCAUGUGUCACAAAGCCUGACAGAGUGAAGCAGGAGAGAAAUCCCAGACAAGAGCCAGAAUGUUAUAUUAAACUCUGCCCUGAUGGGAGUUUUAUUAAUACAUUUUUCUGCAAUACAAUAAUAAUAAUUUUCUUAAAAAACUCCAGAUUUCCAUAUCCACAUCUGGGCUCAGGUGCUAAGGGACUGCGAUAUUGGCCAAUAUCGUUGAUGCCGUGUGAUUAUAUUUGGCUGCAGCGUGAGAAACGGUACAUGAAGAAGAAGAGGAAGAGGGGCUGAGAGCACUUUCUCCUCCUCAUCCCUCUCUCCUCGCCUGUUGUGUCUCCUCGAGCCGGAGAGGAAGGAAGAUCUCGCCGAUCCGGACAGGGAGCAGGCGGGAGAGAAGCCCCUCCCCGCAGAUCACCAACACAAGGCGAUGGUCCUUUCUUAACUUCAUUGUUGCAGGAGAAGCGACGCCCCGCUUCGCCACGGCCGAGGAUCAAACAGCCCCUCUGAUCGGCACGACCCCCAGUUUCUGUUCUCAUGGAAAUCCGAGCCUGCCUCCCGGCCACACUUUCUGCUCGGAUGCAAAGUUGAAGCGCAUUCCCAGCCGGGACGGCAGACGAUAAUGAUGUCUUGAAAGGGAGCUGAGCGUUUAUCGUUUAUUCCCCUUUUUCCGCGUUUCUUUUCUUUUUUCUUUCUUUUUUUUUUUUUUUCCCCCCGACCGCGCACUUUUCUUGCCAACAUGCUGGAUUUGGCGCAGCGCGUCGUUUUCUGCGCGCUGCUCGGCUCCGUUUACGCGUCGUGUCCUCCGCGCUGCGAGUGCUCGGAGGCGGCUCACACCGUGAAGUGCGUCUCGAGAGACCUGCGGAGCGUCCCGACCGGGAUCCCCGGAUACACCAGGAAUCUGUUCAUAACUGGGAACCAGAUCAGUCGGAUCGGCCCGGAGUCUUUUAAAGGGCUGGAGAAUGUGACCAACCUUUCUCUGAGCAAUAACAGGAUCUCAGAGGUGGAGUCCAACUCCUUUGCCGGACUCCGCAGCCUUCGCUCCCUGGACCUGAGCAACAACCAGCUGGCAGUCAUCCACCCGGAGGCCUUCUCCGUGCAGAACCAGUCCCUGCGGGAGCUCAACCUGAGCCGGGCCCUCUACAACCACUCCUCGGUGAUGGACUUGGCCACCUCUCUCCGCUGGAGCUCCCUGGGGACCCUGAGGGGACUGGACCUCUCCAGCAACGGCCUCGUCUAUCUACCCUCGCGCAUCUUCUCCCACCUGACCAGCCUGCGGCGGCUCCAGCUUUCGAACAACUCCCUGGUGUCCAUCCACAACUCCACCUUCUCAGGCUUGGAGUGCCUGGAGGAGCUCGACCUGACCCUCAACGCCCUCAAGACGGUGUCAGAGGAGGGCCUCCAAGAGCUGGACUCGCUACGGGACGCUACCCUCCUCCUUGGGGAGAACCCGUUCACGUGCAAGUGCGGGAUCGAACCUUUUGCUUUGUGGCUCAACAGGUCACAGGGACGCAUCAGAGACGCCGAGGACCUCAUGUGCGCCUUCCCAGUCAGCAUGAGGAACACGUCCAUGCUCGCCGUGGGGACGCUGACUCUGGGGUGCCACCAGAGGAACGCAGGGGCCGACCUCGCCUUGCAGACCUCGUACGUCUUCCUGGGUAUAGUCCUGGGCUUUGUUGGCCUCAUCUUCCUUUUCGUACUUUAUCUCAACCGCAAGGGCAUCAAGAAGCGGAUCUACGACAUGCGUGACGCCUGCAGGGAGGUGUGGGAGGGCUACCACUACCGCUUCGAGAUCGACUCCGGCCCCAGGUUAUCACAGGUCUCAUCGAGCGGCGACAUGUGAGCGGACAGUCACCUCCAGGGUGUUUUCUAACGAAGCCGAUUUUUUUCUAACGCAUCUAUCAGUAGAAAAAAAAAAAAUGUAAAAAUUGUACAGAUUUGUCUGUAAAUAUAUACAUACGAUAAAGUUAACUGUCAUUCUGCCUUGUUGAUAAAAGCAUGCACUGCCCUUUAUCUUACUUUAUUACAGAACUAUUAAUGCUCAGAAUCCCAAUACAUUAUCUCAGAUUUGUGUGUUCUCUGGAGUCAAGCGGACAUAAAUGUUGUAAAGUUCACUAUAUUCUUGCCGACUCACAGCAAGUGCCUAUAAGUCAGUAAGGUAUUAUUUUAUAAUCAGUAGAUGUCUGAGACGAGCUCGCAUUCCACACGGCACGCUCAUUGUCCUGCUUCAGAUCUUCUCAAUAUUUAGCUCGCAAAGAAGCAACAAAAUGCUGCAAUAAAGUCCCGACACUACAAAAACAAACCUCUGGGAAUUGAAAGCACAAUCACUCAUUCAUCUUUGAACCAUUUCAAGCCCUUUGGUCCCUCCGUCAGUUAGCCCCCGGGGUGCCACAGAGGAAUUAAGCCCCCAAAGCUUUUUUAAAGCCCUCCUAAAUUCACCACUCUACUCCUCUUUGGCUGUCGGCUUGGAAGGAGGAGGCGGGGGGGGGACAAUUCAGAGCAGACCAGCGGAAAUCUCAAAGCCCCCUCUCUUUUUCUUUUUUCCUCCUGAAAUGUUGCUUUGUUUCAACUCCUUGAGUUUUAUUGUCAAAAUGAUGAGAACCAGUCGCGGGGCUGAGGCCGCUGAAAGCAAUCUCCCUCCCUCCUUAAAGACAACAGCCGCUCCGGAGGCCCUUUGAAGGAAAAGUCUGGCACUCCACGUUUUUCUGUUUAGGGGAUUUUUUUUCUACCAAUGAUAAGAUACAGAUGAUUCUAAAACACCAGCUACAUUGUUUCAUUCAGCAGUUCGCUGUGACCAGUUCAGAGUUGACCCUUGUGGGAAAAAAAAGAAAGAGUUUGCUCUUAUCCCAAAGGUUUUCUGCACCUUUUAUCCCUUUACAGUUGGAUUUUUUUAGUGAAAUAUGUUUUUCGAAGAGCAGUUCCGAAAAGGUCCCACUAGGAACUUUUUGUUGGGUUGAUUUUGGCGCACCAUACCACCAGACUACAGAGCAGCUUCUUUCCCCCGGCUGUAAGACUCCUCACCACACCCUCAGGACUUAGAAAAUAGUUUUGACAAUGUGACUUGAAAGUCACAAUCCGACCCGGUGAUAACUAUAAUAACUAUUCAGAAACAGCCAAUCUUCUCGCUGAUGGUUUGUUUGAUUAUGAAGGUCAUAUACAGGGAUCAAAAAGUCACAAACAGUCAAGAUAACACUGAAAUCCAGAGGUGUAUCUCAAAUACUCCUUUUCCUCAGUCAAAUCCCCAGCCUCACAUUUCACAUGCACGUUUAAAUUGAAUUACAAAUCACAACUUGCAUGUAUCCCGAGGAUUAUGACAAAAGCAAGUCUUUGCUACGAAGUGAGAGGAACACAGACAGAGUGGUGGGGUUGGGCGGGGGGGUAGAUGGCAACCUGCCAUUCCUUAAAGUGUUUAUUGCCCAAAUUGCUAGCUAUCUGCGUAUUUGGAAUGAGGGAAACAGCCUCCCAUUGUUCGUAGCCAAAGUAGCAUCUUCACUCCCAUCAAGAUGUUCGCCGAGCUCCUCUGAUAGCGAUCCAGACAAUGUUUAUAACGGAGAGCCAUUUUACUGCAUGUGUUAUGACAAAAAUAAAGCUUUAAAAGAAGUCAAGAUGUCUGUAUGCUCAUUUAGUGAAUGUAAUCUUGUGUGUCAUGAAAGGGCAGAAAAAUGAAUCCGCUCAUACCGCCAGGGAGACUCUAGAUAUCAUUUCACCGAGCUGCAGAACCACAUUAAGCGGGGCAUUUACUCGCUGAGGGGAAAACAAUUGAGGCUCGUACGCCGACACAAAGGCUGGCUCGGACGGCGAGACGUCUGAAACAAGCUUUGUUUUCCAGCGCAGAAAAAUGCCUUGUGAUACUCAUUCUCUUUCUGUCUCCACAGACGCCCAUUAUGCCGCCGCGUAAUAGGAUUCACUCACGAUGACAAAGUCGGGCUCUCUGAUCCGGCCAUUGUUAAAGUGUCAUCAUUCUUAAUAAUUGCCCGUGAAAGAAAAUCGCAGGAGAAGUUUUCAUCUGCCAUUACACAAUGUGUCACUACCCGGGCACGACGCCGGCCACGGGUUAUUGGUGUCAGUUGGCGUAACGGAGAGAAGAAAGAUUAUCCGCUGCGUGUCAUUACUUCCGUUUUCGCUCAUUAAAGUGUGGAUUAGGAGCCGUGCCUUUUUUGUCUUUUUAUGAGUCUGCCUGUUGGAAAAAUAUACAUACGGUGUGUUUGCCAUAGGCUGUGCAGGAUUGCCUCAGCAGGAAUGCAAUGAAAAGAGAGGAACCCUACAAAUACAGCCAGACGUUCUCCAUUAAUCCCGGUGCAAAAGAGAAGCUUGUUAAAAAACUGAAAAAAAAUGGCUCCAAUUACAGAGUUCUCUCAGACUGUAUGUUGUAUCUUUGAUUAAAAGAUCAAAUUUUUAUCUCAACUUCGCUUGCCAUGUCUUGUAUUCCCACAAGCCAUUUGUUAGACCACUGAGGAAGCAGUUUAUAAAACUUUUAACAACUUUAUGUCGCAGUAUGUACAGCAUGUGGUUCUGCCUAUUUGAAAAGGCAAAAUACAUACUUGAAGCAUUUCUUUUCACUUUUUGAGAGAGUUCCUCUGGAGCACAGC